GAUGAAGACCACGGACUACCUGACCGGUCCAGCCGACCAUCUACACAACUAUGGCGGUGGUGAGCAUGGAGACGGUAUCAAGAGAGAAGAGGAGACUUACCAUUAUCCUGCCCCCACGCCACACCACAACCACCAUUACAGACCUGAGGUGUACACGAAGCCGCUGCUUAUGCCCGCAAUUGAGGCAGAGCACCACCACGCCCCUAUCAAAGCCUACGACCACAUCAACUCCACCAGCGCCGCCCACACCUUCGACGCACCCAAAAUGUACGACAAUAAACUCUACGACGCUUCAAAAGCCUACGACAAACUCUACGCGGGGAAGGAGUACGAGAAGGUGGCGUUAGACCAGAUGGAGAGUACGACCUUCGAUAGCCACGACGUUAAACCCUACGGCAAAAUGUACACUUCAAAACCCCACUUGGAGCCGCAGGUGGACGACGGAGCGUACGAGAAGUGCUACGAGAAGACGUACAAGACUCUGGAAACGUUGGACUCAACAUCUUACGAGAGACAAUACGAAUCGUCGAAGGUAAUCGAGCCAGUAGACUCGACCACUUACGAGAAGACGGUGCAGCCUCUGGACACGCCAGCCACCAUCACUGAGACGCCAGAGAAGGCCUCCACACACUCUUCCAGCGCAGGGAAAAAGGACGAGAAUAACAAAGACAACAGCGAGUCAGACCCAAACAAGAAGCCUCCCUUCUCCUACGUGGCCCUCAUUGCCAUGGCCAUCAAGGAAAGCCAGGACAGGAAGCUACAGCUGAGUGAAAUCUACCAAUGGAUCGCCACCAAGUUCCCGUUCUACGCCCAGCAGAACGCCAAGGAGAAGCAAGGAUGGAAGAACUCCAUCCGUCACAACCUGAGCCUGAACGAGUGUUUCGUCAAGAUCCCACGGGAGGGAGGCGGCGGUGGUGGCAAGGGCAACUACUGGACCUUAGAUCCCCAGCACGAGGACAUGUUCGAGCACGGGAACUACAAACGUCGGCGCAGGAUGAAGCGACCCAACAUGUACCGCCAAACCUACACCUAUCCGGACUACCUCGGUCUUACCUCCAGGACGUUCUUCUCCGCGUCGCCGAGCGGCACCUGGGGGCUGAGCCAGAUGCAGGGAGGACAGAUCGGGGGCUACACCCAGAACCCCCGCGGCCAUACACCCCAUUCCUACACCUACCCCCAGAUGAACCAGCUGCAGGGACAGAUGCAGCUGAGUGGAGGUUACCAGCAGCUGAGCGGGUCUCUAGGGCCAGCGGCACUCGGUACAGCACCAUUGCCGUCAGGAGCUCUGGGAUCAGGUCUCCCCAGCCACCUAAGCGGGGGACUUCUGGGGGGUUCCUCGCCCUCUAUAUCUUCCCCCGGCACCACCCCCGGUUCCCUGGGGUCAGCUCCUCCCCUGUGGACAUCUGGUUCGGGGUCCAGCUUGGCCUCGGGGCUUGGGGCGAGCAGCUUCCUGGGGUCAGGUGGCAGUCUAGGGUCGCCCUCCACGGCGCCCCUUCAGCCCUCCUUCGGUGGCGGCGGCGGAGGAGGGUACGGCUCGGGACUAGGGGCUUCAAGACGCCAGGGAGAAACACCCAACACCUCCCAGCUUACCUCCCUCUCCUACUACCCCUACUGGCCAGACUCUAAGCUCUAACAGAUCAUGGACGUAAGUUAUAUCUUGAGGUAGAGGAUGAGAGAAGCAGUACACACACGACGAGGAUGGUCGCUCACGAAGAGAGGUAAGCUGUACGGCUACCUACCUGUCGACAUCUGAGAGAGUGGAGGCGGCGCCUGCCGAGUGGUGAGGGGUUUACCAACUGGUCAGGUGAAGCUGGUGCCCGGGACAAUUUCCUGGUCCCUCACACACACUUCCCUCAAGUCUGUGCCAACAUACACACUCCUUUAUCUACCUGGUAACAAGACUCGCACUCACCAGGUGAUCGACCCAAGGAUAAGGAGAUAUUUGGAAAAGUAUUUAUUUAAACGUGUUCGACAGAGACGACUGCUGCUUUAAACCUCACAAGUGUCAUUUGGAGGCUUAAUAGCAAGGUUAAGUAAUAGUGGGUUUAUCCUGUCAACUGAGGUACCGGUACAUGGCAGAGUAACGGCCACCUUAUAUGACCAAAUUUUUCUCUCGUACUACAGCCUUCUUCUUCAACCUCCUUCUAACGCAAUCUGAAAUUUGCCAAUACCAUCACACAGCACAUCAGAGAGAUUCAGACUGUGGUACUGAACGACCCUUAAUACAGACGAGACACGCAUGGGGGUCGUUUCUGGCACAUCAUUUACAUCCUCCCAGCAAGUCUCAGACGGUCGGUGUCAUCUACCAGAGGAACUCCAGAAAACUUAAACUAAACGAUUGAAGAGACAAACAAAACAGUGCCGUAUGUGAUUGCACUGUCGUUCAAGGUCCCUUGAAUGCUAAAGACGAACAGUGAACUAGUCAACUUGGCAUAUAACAUUUUGGUAGGAGCAGUGAGGGUCACUGUCCACUUUCGCCCACAUUUACUCUCCGUGAAGUGCCGUGACCUACAGGCUUCCAUGAAUGGAGGUCUGGAGGGCACGACAAAGGCAAGUGAAUCGAUGGUUACUCAUUGUAGCAGAAAAUAAACAAUCCUUGCCACAUUAACACAGACAUAUUUGUGUUCAGUGUUCAUAUAAUCAUAAAGUUCACUCGGCGCAAGAACACUUUGUUACCUAGCCAUGUUUGGUGAUUCAGAAUAUACUGUAUUUAGUAGUUACUAUUUCGUUUCUGACGCCAUGUAAGAAUGUCUUACAUCCAUUGUUAUGAAUGUAAUUACUGUUGUUGUGUAAUGUGUAAAUUUGUCUGUUAAAAAAUCCUAAACCGUAUAUUACACUCAUACUUUGUUGUCCACGAACUAGUAGCAGAAUGUAUGAUUAAGGUUCCAUUCCUUAUUAAAAUUUAGAAAGUGACAAAUACGUCCAGAGAAUAUACUGUACUGUGUGUUAACAGUUCCACUAACUGUUGUGAAAAGAAUAUUUUGUGAAGAGAUGUUAUCACUGUAUCACCCAUCAUCUAAAUAAACAAAUCAGCAAAAACAAUCCAGCAAACUGUGUUGGAACAUUCAGCAGCACACACACACACACACAUGCCGUCAAGUGAGUGACAGUGUGCCUAGAAUCAAGUUCGUAGCUAGUACAGGGUCACACCAGGGCUCCGGUGAUGAUCCCUGGCCAGGUACAGGGUCACACCAGGGCUCCGGUGAUGAUCCCUGGCCAGGUACGGGGUCACACCAGGGCUCCGGUGAUGAUCCCUGGCCAGGUACGGGGUCACACCAGGGCUCCGGUGAUGAUCCCUGGCCAGGUACAGGGUCACACCAGGGCUCCGGUGAUGAUCCCUGGCCAGGUUACGGGGGUCACACCAGGGCUCCGGUGAUGAUCCCUGGCCAGGUAUAGGGUCACACCAGGGCUCCGGUGAUGAUCCCUGGCCAGCCACAGGGUCACACCAAGGCUCGGUGAUGAUCCUGGCCAGGUUACAGGGGUCACACCAGGGCUCAGUGGUGUUCCUGGCCAGGCACGGGGUCACACCAGGGCUCCGGUGAUGAUCACUGGCUGAGCACAGGGGUCACACCAGGGCUCCAGUGAUGAUCACUGGCU